GAGCUCGAGAUUUCUGGACCCGGAGAGGCCAAGGAGCUGACGGCGGGCUUCCGUGCGCCUGCGCCGCCCACCCGCGUCAUCGCCAGCUCAGGGUGGACCAACGGCACGCAAAGGACGACCUCCGCCUCACGUCCAGAAGAGUUCUUUGCAGUCGUCCCUGGCCAGGUCGACUCUUUGGCGGCGCCAGCUUCGGGCCAGGAAUUCACUCAGCGCCCUCGCCAGAAAGCGUAUUCCAACUCCACAUCAGCCUCGGGCAGCGGAGACGGUGAGAAGCGACGUCCAUGGGAGCCCUUGCCCCUGCCUGUGACGCCGGAGAGGUUUCCAGUUCCUGCAAAAGAGGUACAGCAGGAGGUCAGGGCACCGCCGCCUCCGCCCCCAGUUGAGCAGGAGCAGAUCGCUCUGUCGGCCGAGUUGGCCGGACAACACCAGGCCGUUGCCACGAAGAUCAUGUCUUUGGAAGUGGAUUUUGGUUCGGAGCAAGUCCUUGCCGUGUCGCGGCCGCGGCUGCAGGAAGCUGCAAUGCACGCAGCUCGCCAAAGCGACGAG